CCGUUUUCAAGAUGUGUCCAUGCGUCCUCAGCCAGCUGCGCAGCUCAGAAGUCUAAACACUUCCGUCUCCUCCCGCCCCUGCAGCUCUAGCGCAUGCAACGCUCGGUGGCGAGGUCUCCCGAAAUGCGUUUCUGCCGGCAGAAUGGCGAAACUCCAAGUAUCUAGGAGGUAUAAAACGACGGGACCCAGUUCCACAGUCAACAUCGGUCAACAGACACGUUCAUCGACUCCAAACCCGAGACACCCAGAUGGCUUUCACACAGCUCACCAAGGCCGUCCUAUGCGCGGUGGCUCUGGCCUCGUGCUCGCUUGGUGCACCCGCCGGCAGCUCCGCCCUUGCGUCCGCCCCCACCUCCUCGUCGACGCCGUCGGCAUCCGUAACCGCGCCCGCCGCAACUGAGACGGUACCGUACGCGUCUGACAACGCCAACACGAUCAUGUGGGGCCCUGGCUGGAACGGCCAGCCAGAGGCCAUUCGAGGGUCGCUCGGCGCUAGCGUCAUAGGGCCCCAGAACGUCCCUUUAGACUUGCAGAACCCUGACAUGCUCGCUCCGCCCACUACCGAUGCCGGCACUGUCGGAAAUGCAAAAUGGCCCUUCAGCCUAAGUCAUAACAGGCUUCAGACUGGCGGCUGGGCUCGUCAACAGAACUUGGAUGUCUUGCCCAUAGCGACUAACAUGGCUGGCGUCAACAUGCGCCUUGAAGUUGGAGCUAUUCGAGAACUGCAUUGGCACAAGACUGGCGAGUGGGCGUACAUGCUCCAGGGAUCUGUUCAAGUGACUGCCGUCAAUCAAAACGGACAAAAUUUCGUCAGCACAAUUAACCAAGGCGACCUCUGGUACUUCCCCGCUGGAAUUCCCCAUUCAAUCCAGGCAACCAAUGCCAAUUCCAACGGCGCUGAGUUCCUUCUGGUGUUUGAUGAUGGUACCUUCAGCGAGGAUGAUACGUUCCUUCUGACCGACUGGCUAGCACACGUGCCCAAGGAUGUCCUUGCCAAGAAUUUCCAAACCAGCAUGUCUACCUUUGACACGAUCCCGGGACAAGAGCUGUAUAUCUUCCCAGGGUCUCCCCCUGGUUCUGACUCCGACGCUCCGACGAGCCCUCAGGGCACGGUGCCAAACCCUUUUACCUUCAAAAUGUCGGAGAUGAACGCGACUCAGCUGCAAGGCGGUUCAGUGAAGAUCGUGGACUCGACCAAUUUCCCUGCCUCUGUGACUAUUGCUGCUGCUGAGGUGACGGUCGAGCCAGGCGCAAUGCGUGAACUUCACUGGCAUCCCACUCAAGACGAGUGGAGCUUCUUCAUCGAGGGAAAUGCUCGUGUUUCGCUAUUUGCUGCUCAAAGUUCCGCGCGGACCUUCGAUUUUCAAGGCGGCGAUGUUGGCUACGUUCCUGCAUCCUAUGGUCAUUAUGUCGAGAAUACUGGCAACACCACUUUGCGUUAUCUCGAGGUCUUCAAAACUAGCGUUUUCCAGGACGUUAGUCUCUCUCAGUGGCUGGCGCUUACGCCAGCGGCUAUGGUCAAGGCCACACUGAACCUCGAUGACGAGGCGUUGACCCUUUUCAGCAAGACGAAGCCAGUUGUCGUUGGUCCAUCCAAUAACACCUCUAGCUCCUGAGAAUUUACCGGAUAGCUGUGCGGAUACACGAACGGCCUCUGCUUGCAUGGCCUGGUAGUCUUCUUCUCUAGUACGAGAGCGUGGGAAAAUGUUCAUCGACUCAAGCUAUACCACGUCCUUCUAUUUGUGUAGCUAUCUCUUUGGUGUGUUGUAUAAUAUCAUUGCUCUAGCUGAAUAGCGAUACCAGUGCUUGUUAUCUUUGGUCUUUUUGGCGCCACAAAGUAGCCGGGAAU